UUGGUGAGUAAGUAUGUGUCUUGUUUCUAUAACAACGUUUGUGUGAGCAGCUCAGCAGCUGAAGAGACCGGAGUGGAGAGACUUCUGGCAUGGGUAUGAUUGGAGUGCCAAUGGGGGGCAGCGAAAGGACGGGACGGUGGGAAUGCAGACAGGGUCAGAUGAUGUAGUUCACAUGAUACUGGGUGUGGCCACAGGGUCAGAGGGUCAGAGGGCAGUGUGGUCCUGGGUCUAACAGUGUGUUAGCGGGGAGAGUUCUCUGGAGAUGGAUCCCGGUCUCCUGGAGGGCUCAGUCCUGACUGAGCAGCAGAAGCUACGCCAUGUGUUGGACUGGGCUAAGAAUUUCCUCGGGACCAGUCAGGAUGGGCAUAAUCUCAGCAGAACCUCCCCUUCCUCCCCGCAUUUGCACUCUACUUCAGCAGCGCAUCGACUCGAGGUCGGUGGAAGAGCUGCUGUCUCCCAGCGUGAAACCUUCCACAAUCUUGUCAGAAGCAGAAAUGUGAGAGAAAACAUGGUAGGCCAAUCAGAGCCUCUGACCAGGCUUCCAUACACCACCCCACUGCCCUGCCACACUCUCUCCCACACCCCAGGUGGCCGUGAGUUUUCUGGGCCUGAGUUUAAAGAGAAUCCUGGGCAUAAGGAGCUGGUCCUGUUCUCUGGGCCACAAGAGGAUAACAAUGACCAACCAUGUUUCCUUGGUGUAGACAACCCUCAGGCAGACCAGACUCCCCACAAACCAAUAGCUCCUCAUCCUGAGGGGAGAGAUGGUGUUUCCAUCAGUGAGAGCCUAAGAGACAGAGACAGUAGCGUUACAAACUGUUGCUCCUCAGUGGACAGUGACACUAUCCUAUGGUUGCCUGGAUAUGGUCCUUUAUCCAGAGCCCAUGACCUCAUAUCAAGGGAAGGGGAUUGUGGAGAGAGAGAGGACAGAGUUUUGGGAAUGCAGGAACACAAAGAGGAGAAGGCGGUGGCGGAGGAGGAGGACCCAAAAACAGGCCUUGAGGGAACCAGUAGUAUCAUACCUUAUGGAUCCUCUAGGGUCGCACUAGAGGGUGAACAUCUAGAUUGGGGAGCCAACGGCUGGGUGUCAGAGGGCCUGAGUGUGUAUGAGGAGUAUCUGCUGUGUGUGUCCCGUUUGGACCACCUCAGAACAGAGCAGAACCAAGCACCUGCUGACGUCAUGACCCUACCUGCAGACGUCAUGACCCUACCUGCUGACGUCAUGACCCUACCUGCAGACGUCAUGACCCUACCUGCUGACGUCAUGACCCUACCUGCAGACGUCAUGACCCUACCUGCUGACGUCAUGACCCUACCUGCUGACGUCAUGACCCUACCUGCUGACGUCAUGACCCUACCUGCUGACGUCAUGACCCUACCUGCUGACGUCAUGACCCUACCUGCUGAUGUCAUGACCCUACCUGCAGACGUCAUGACCCUACCUGCUGACGUCAUGACCCUACCUGCUGACGUCAUGACCCUACCUGCUGACGUCAUGACCCUACCUGCUGACGUCAUGACCCUACCUGCAGACGUCAUGACCCUACCUGCUGACGUCAUGACCCUACCUGCUGACGUCAUGACCCUACCUGCUGACGUCAUGACCCUACCUGCUGACCAAACGGCUGACCACUCCGAGCAACCUCUGAGUGCUGAGCUGGUGGUUGCUAAGCAACAUGUCCAUCAGGACAUCCACAACGAUGGGAGGCGUGCACCAUUCAAGAGUUCAGAAGUGAAGAACAGUAGAGUGAUGCAGCCCAAGAGCAGCGGAGGUCAACCUGGUGCCAGGAGUCAGGCUCGUGUCAGAGGUCGCGGUCAUUCCUGGAGGUUCUGGGAAAGGUCAAGCCUCUCCUGGUCAUCCUUCACUCAUGGAGAAGUGCUGCCACGGUCCCAGCACCCCAACAGACCCCACUCAGCAGGUGUAGUGUCUGAAAGUUCCUGUUCUGGACCCAGACCACCAACAACACUUCAGCUCCCUCUGGGCAGUGCUGUGAAUACCAAUGCAACUAAUAUUCCUGUGACCAGGGCUCUCAAACUGGCACCUGUAGGGGGCUGUGUACAGUGGCUGUCUCUCCCUGAUGAGGUAUGGGUAUCCAUACUGUCCCUCCUGCCACACAGAGAUCUGUCUACAGUGGCCCAGGUCUGCCUCCACUUGCUCCGACUGGCCAAUGACCACACACUAUGGCAGGUUGUUAGUGUGGAGAACAGCUCAUCUUUAACUGACCAAUGGCUGAGCAGUGUGGGUGUGCGUAAUCCUCGAAGCCUGACUAUCUACAGGUGCAGCGGACUGUCAAUCACCCCGAGCGGGCUAAAGGAGUUUUUCAAACUAAGUCAAGCUUCUCUGGAGGUGCUGAGUGUGACAAGCUGCAGUGGGCCUGGUCUCCAUGGUGACCUGGUGCUGACUCUGAGUGGUCAACACUGUGAUCACAUGACCUGUGUGGACGUCAGCUGGAGCGGAGCGACUGACACGGGCAUCAAAGCACUGACUGACACCUGCACUGGCCUGAAGACUGUUGUUCUCAAUGGUUGCCAAGUUACAGAUGAAGCCCUGAAUGCCCUCGUCAUAAGAUGCAGAGACAGUCUGCGCAGGUUGGAAGUGUUUGGCUGCCUGUCUAUCAGUCCCUCAUGUCUGAACACAGUGUCAGAGUUGUGUCCUGGGCUGGAGACUCUGAACAUCGGCCAGAUCCCUAAGGUCACUCACCCCUAUCUGACCCUGGUGACGUCACGACUCAAACGCCUUCAAGCCCUUAACCUGACUGGACUGCACGCAGUGAGUGAUCAGACAGUUCAUCAGGUCCUCCUGCAGUGCCCUGAACUCCAGAGGCUGACCCUCAGCUCCUGCCCUGGAGUCACUGACAUGAGCCUGCACAAGAUCAGCACCCACACUCCCCACAUCAGGUUGUUGGAUCUAAGUGGCUGCGGUAAGGUGAGUGAUGCUGGUGUUAAGGCUGUAGCUGUGGCCUGUAGAUGCCUGCAGUACCUGGACCUGAGCUCCACCGCCACAGGGACCAGAGGGGUGAGCCUGUUGGCAAAGUACUGCAGCACUCAUCUCCACACUGUCAAACUGAGCUUCUGCCAGAUCAGCCCAGAGGCCAUCCACAACCUCAGCAGGCAGUGCAAACGUUUGAAGCUACUGCACCUCUACGGCUGUGCCUACAUCCCUACUGAGAAGGAGAUCAGAGACAUCAACCCCACUGUUACACUCUACCCGCUGACUUGAUACACACACACAGACACACUUAUUGUUGAAAUUGGUAACACAUCUGACAAACUCCUCCACAGUUACCACGACUUUGUAAAUACAGCCUGUGUGAUAUAAAGAAUGAAGAGUGCCCACAGCACAAGUGUGUCAAGGGCCCUCCUUCCAUCACCUCCUUCAUACAGUGAUGUGGUGUCAGGCAAGCUUUAUCCAAAUUACAUCUAUCUAGUCAAGAUACAAAUAUUUUGUAGAUUUAAAAUUUUAAAAAUGUACAUGCUGAUUGUUAGUGAAAGUUUCCCAUUUUCUGGAAGGCUCCCGAGUGGUGCAGCAGUCUAAGGCACUGCAUCUCAGUGCAAGAGGCGUCACUACAGACCCUGGUUUAAAUCCAGGCUGUAGUGGCCCAGUG